AUGAAGACUCUUAGACUCCUACUUUUUCUCAUUUUCUUCAGCUACAUUAAAUGUCAAACUCUUCACAGAAGUUUACUAGAUGCAGCCAUGCAGCACAUGAAAAGCCAAAAUUAUCUGGAGGAGAAUUUAAGAGACAUCACUAGCAUUAUGGUUGCUCAGUUUCUUCAGGAAUUGACUUAUAAUGAAGUACAAGCCAUAGUUAAAGAAUUGAUAGAUCUUACAGAGAAGUGCAAAAACAUCAAGUCUCAUGAUUCAUCUGCAGGAUGCUCUCUCCAAUUGAUGACUUCCUUCCUAGAACAUAUAUGUAAUAACCAAGAAAUGGCUGAUAAACAGGUAUUUUCUGACUGUUGCAAUGCAAGUAGUACAGCAAGACAUAAGUGCUUCCUAUUACACAAAAAAGAUGAUGCAGACUACGGUGAUACAGUCCAAAUCCCAAAUCCUGAACGCAUCUGUGAGAUGGACAGAGAGAAACGAAUGUUAAUAAAGAAGAGGUAUAUUUAUGAAACUUCUAGAAAGCAUCCCUUCUUAUACGGGCCCACUAUUAUGACCAUAUCUUCUUGCUAUGAAACAACUAUUCAGUCAUGUUGUCAAGAAGAAAAUAAGACAGAAUGUUUCCAGACAAAGCUAGGACCCUUGGGGAACUAUAUUAAGGAACUAUCUUUGAGGCAUCACCAUUUAUGUGAAAUUGGGAUUAAAUUCAACCACAAAGUAGCAAAAGCAGUGGAGUUGGUUCUGCUGACUAAAAAGCAACCAAAAGCUGACUUUUCUGAAAUUGCCAAACUGACCACAGAUGUUCAAAAUCUACAUCAGACAUGUUGUGAAGGAAACACAGUAGCAUGUGUGCUUGGCAGGAGCCAACUUAUGAACUAUACCUGCUCUAAACAGACUAUUCUAUCCAGCAAAAUCGCUGGAUGCUGUGAACUCCCAGUGCCAUUCCAAGGGGAAUGCAUUAUUAAUUCAAAAAAUGAUGACAAACCUGAACUUUCAUCCUUGCCACUCAGCAGAUUUACAGAGGACCAAUUUGUAUGUGAACAACUUGCCGAGAGGCCAGACCACUUCCUACAAAAGUUUCUUUAUGAAUAUUCACGAAGGCAUCCAGAGUUGGCAGUUCCAGUGAUUUUAAGAGUGGAUACAAUAUAUCAAAAUUUAUUAGGAAAAUGCUGUAAAUUAGAAAAUCCUCUGGGAUGCUACAGUCAUGGGAAGGAGAUGUUCCAAAGAGUGGUUCGUGAAAGCCAUGAGCGUAUAAAAAGUCACUGUGAUUUACAUAAGAAAUUAGGAGAUGGUAACUUCCAUGACAGUCUCAUAGUACUUUAUACAAAGAAGUUCCCACAACUACCUGCUGAAGAGUUGGUUAUGUUCACAAAGAAUAUGGCAGCUGCUGCCACCAAGUGUUGCCCACUGAGUGAUGGACAACAAUUUAUCUGCAUGGAGGAUGCGGCAAAGUUAAUUCUUGGAGCUUUAUGCAGAAGACAUGAGGCUGAGCCCAUCAACACGGGUGUGGGACACUGCUGUGAUGACUCGUAUGCCUUCAGGUCGCCGUGCUUUGAUGAGCUGCCAGUUGAUGGAACUUACGUUUCUCCAUCUUUAUCCUGUGACCAAGUUAUCAGUCUUAAAAAGGACUUAUGCAACAUGCAGCAGAAGGAGAUCCAAAUGGAAAAACAAAAGCUCCUCAGCAACCUUGUGAAGCAGAGACCACAUGCUACCGAGAUGCAAUUCCAAUCAAUUGUUGUGGAUUUUACUCACCUGGUGGAGAGGUGCUGCGAAGCAGAGAAAAGUGAAAUGUGUUUCCAAAAAGAGGAGUCCAAACUGAUUGAAAAAUGCCAAUCUCUCUUGGGAGGCUAAAUGAUCACAGAAAAUGUCAAUAUUGGAUUUUUGCUGAAAUCCUCAUCUUAUUUUUCAAGAAUUUUGAAACACAUGUCUAACACUGAAAAUAAGAAUCAACAAAAUGUUUCAGCUUCUCACAAUAUUACUCAAGAACACCAGUAGAGAAAUUUUAUUGUAACCCUUAAACAACUCAUUUCAUUUCCAUUUUCUUCCCCACCCCCACCUACAAACUUUCUCCUUUUCAGAAGCAACAACAAAAGCUUUACAAAAACCUCAGGUUGAUGGAAUGGGCUUCCAUGUCUAGCUGGG